AUGGGCAAAAAAUCUGCAAAGGAAAAAUCCCCAAAGGUAGAGGAUUCACACGCUAGCUCUGACCCAAAAUAUUAUGUUGUGUCAGGAAUAUUAGAAUUAGAUUUUCCUGGAUUGUGCAAGCAAAAUAAUGUCAGUCACUGUCCAAGUGUAUGCGUAAGGCAAUCCCAGAUCCAAAGCCAGCAAGCGGUAACGUCUCAACCUUCAUCUAAACGUUCAAAAGAUGAAAAGAAAAGUGCUCAUUCACAACAGUCUGUAACACCUAAAUCCAUUGACGAAAUACAAACACCAUUAGGAUUUAAUCCAACAACCUUUAAAUUAAUUAAAACCUCAGAAUAUUUUCAACCAAAGAUAACUGUACAACAAGAGAAUCCAGAUAAGCCAGAGACUGUUAAUGAAGUCUACAUUAAAGGUUGGAAAAUAAGCGAAAGUCAAUGGGAUAUAUUAAUCAAUUGCUUCACUUUGAUGAAUAAACUGUGUAAAUUAGUGUUUUGGAGAGUUGGAUUCACAGCAGAACAGAUUACUCAACUAGCUUCAUUCCUGUCAACUAAUAACACGAUAAAGUCACUGACAAUAGAUGCUAAUGAGGCAUUAGAAAUUGGAACAUAUGCUCAACUUAUAGAUGAAUCUAACAAUGUAACUAAACUUCAAUUACGAUAUUGUGAAAUUGGACCAAUGGAAGCAAAAUCAAUUAGUCAACGAUUAGGAACAAUUCAGACUGUCAAUAAGAAACUGAUCAGUCUUGACUUAUCUGGUAAUCGACUCGGUGAUGAAGGUGCUCUUUACAUAGCUCAGGCUUUGAGAACGAAUCGUACACUGCUCACCUUAUCACUAAGUAAUAAUAAGAUUGGAGAUAUUGGGUGUAUUGCAUUAGCAAAGGUCAUUUCACAGUUUUUCCUAACUCAUGAAGAGAUUGUCUAUCGAAGAUUAUGUUAUUCCGAAAAAGCUAAAUCUGAAUCCAUUCCUUCAAAUUCUAGUGUAUCUGGACGUCGCAAAUCGAAAUAUUCUGCUGGCGUAAGAGAUUCUUCUAAAGAGACUACCCAAGGGACCGGUGGUACAAGAAAGCGAGAAAGAUCCGUUCGAGGUCGUAACGUUAAGGAAACAGCAGAUGGUUCAAAGGAUGAAAAAACUACUAGCAAAGGGAAAAAGGCUGAUAGCAGUAAUUCACCGAAAAAAGGUGAAAUGUUCUUUAAAGGAAGUGAAACAGAACAGACAAUGAAGGAUACUAAAGAGAAGCCGGACACUAACGAAGUUUCAGUGACGACUUUAUGCAAAGAAGAAACUGAUAUCCAAUCGACCUCAUCAAAAUGUAAUCAAGAGCAAACAAGAUCUGGAGGAAAGAAUAAGCCCGCGCGAGUUACUCGAAGCGGGAAACAAGCAUCUGAUGUAGAGAGACCAGAGUCAAGUCCAGAAAUGAACGAAUUAAUGAAUCCAUUAUUGGAUAAAGCCACAUAUAUUGAACCGUAUGGAUUACAGAUUGUCGGUAAUUUCACUUUGGCUUUUUUAAAUUUAUCGCGUAAUUUAAUCAGUGUCGAUGGUUUCAAAGCACUGCAAGAAGCAGUAACUUAUCAAACAAAAAUAUUAAAUAGUGGAAAUUCAUCAACAAACUUUGGUACAGGAUUAUUAAAAUUGUUACUUGAUAAUAACUUAAUUAAUGAUGACUCUGAAAUACUGUCAACGAUCAAUGAGCAACUCGCGCCUAGAGAUCCUUCAAUGAAAAGCACAAACAGUGAAAAAUCUAUUGAAUCAGAAUUAUCCAGUUCCAAUAUAACAACUAAUUCAUAGAAGGGAUAAACAUUGUAGUUUUUGUACUAUCAUAAAUACCAGUUUAUAUAUAAAUAAAUGUAUACAUAUAUUUGAUUACAUAUGAAUAAAACCAAUUAACAGUAG